UGCAGAAAACAGGAUUGUGUAGCUUGACAGAGAGUGCGAUUUCAAUGUAGCAGAAUGUUUGUCGGAUAGCAGUGAAAAAUAGACUUUACAAUUCAAGAGUUUGCUGUCAAGUAGCAUUUACGGACCUCCAAAUGACCCAGCAUGAGCAGCUAAUUUCAGCAACAUGAACAAGUUUGAAAAGCUGAAAAACAUCGGGGAAGGUUCCUUUGGAAAGGCCAUUCUUGUCAGAUCCAAAGAGGAUGGCCACCAGUAUGUCAUCAAAGAGAUUGGUAUAUGUAGGAUGUCAAGUAAGGAGAGGCAGGAAUCUCGCAAAGAAGUCGCUGUUCUUGCUAACAUGAGUCAUCCUAACAUUGUUCAGUAUAAAGAAUCAUUUGAAGAGGGGGGUUGUCUCUACAUUGUGAUGGAUUACUGUGAGGGUGGAGAUCUUUUCAAAAAGAUCAACUCUCAGAAAGGAGUACUUUUCUCAGAAGAACAAAUCCUGGAUUGGUUUGUCCAGAUUUGUUUGGCACUUAAACAUGUGCAUGACAGAAAAAUCCUUCACAGAGACAUCAAAUCACAGAAUAUAUUUUUGACAAAGGAUGGGACCAUACAGCUUGGAGACUUUGGAAUUGCACGGGUACUGAACAACACCGUAGAGCUGGCAAAAACAUGUAUCGGAACACCAUAUUACCUAUCACCCGAGAUCUGUGAAAACAAACCAUAUAACAACAAAAGUGAUGUUUGGGCCCUAGGGUGUGUCCUGUAUGAAAUGUGCACACUUAAGCAUGCAUUUGAAGCUGGUAACAUGAAGAACCUUGUUCUGAAGAUCAUUCGUGGGUCAUACCCUCCUGUGUCAGUUCAUUACUCCCAAGACCUCCGGGCUCUCUUAGGACAACUUUUUAAACGUAGCCCACGAGAAAGACCCUCUGUUAACAGCAUACUAGACAAGCCUUUCCUUUGCUGGAGGAUAGAGAGGUUCCUCUCACCGCAGAUAAUUGCUCAGGAAUUCCACCAUUCUUUUGUUCACAAGCAGUCUAAAAUGGAUGUGGUUCAGGUAUCUGCAGCCAAACGUCCUUCCCCUGGUUCCAUACCUCUUGCCCCAGCUCAGAAGAUCACUAAACCAGCCGCCAAAUACAGAGUGCCUUUAACUGUGAGGAAGGUGUUAGAUGGAGCCAAAAAGCCAGGAGUUAGAAAACCAGCUGUAAAACACAAACCGGGUUCGGUGCCAGCAGCCCCCCAGAGAAGAAUCAGCCAAAUAGAGGAACAGAGAAAAAAACAUGAGCUGCAGGAUAGUAUUCGAAGGAAAAGAUUGGAACUCAAUGAGAAAGAAAGGAAGCGAAAAGAACAAGCAAGUUUGAAUUUUAAGAUUAUUUCUUCUCUGUUAAAAGCAGAGCAAAUGAGGAGAUAUGAAAAGGAAAAGGUCAAUCGUAUACACCAAGCCAGAGAACAAGGAUGGAAGCACAUUUUGAGUUCAAGUGGGGGCAGCAGCCCAGAGAAGAAGUGUUUUGUGGGUGUUAAGAAAAGGGCUCUGGGUGUUCACCCCUGCCCUGUCCCAGAUUCUUUUCAGGGUCUGACACCAAAUGUGGACCAGAGCAAAACUGCUGUAGAUCAAGUGGUUAAACAACAACAACAGCAGCCUAAAGAGGCGAGUGGGGAGGAAGCCUCAACAGAAGCUGGCAGCCCCACUCGAGGUGUGCCAUCUGCCACUGGCCCAGUCGUACCAAAUGCCCCUACUCGUGUCUUGAAUCCUAAUGCAAUUAGGCGAGAACUUCGAAGGAUGCAGCAACCUUCAAAACAUGCUCAUAUUAGCAGGCAACAGAUAGCUGCUGAACGGACCUAUCAGGUUGAGGAGUUUUUACAACGUAAGAGGGAAGCCAUGCUGAACAAAGUUCGUGCUGAGGGACAGUUGGGCAUUCGGCAAAACCUGGCAGCAAUCUAUGGAUGCCGAGCUGCUUCAGUUCGGUGCAGAAGAUCCAGAGCCAACAAAGAGGAGGAGGAGUACUUGGCACGAUUGAAGCAGAUCCGUUUGCAGAACUUCAAUGAGCGCCAACAGAUCAAAGCCCGACUCAGAGGAGAGAAGCUGUUUCAGUACGAUAUUGAAGGGUCUGACAGCCAGGACCCCACUGAGGAGGCAGAGCUCAGAAGAAAGAAGAUAGAAGCUUUAAAAGCCCAAGCAAAUGCCCGUGCUGCUGUACUGAAAGAGCAACUUGAGAAGAAGAGGAGAGAAGCAUAUGAGCGAGAAAAGAGAGCCUGGGAGGACCAUCUUGUAGCACGAGGGCUGAAGGUUGCCGUGCCUGCAGGAAAUUCAGCGGCAGCAAUAGCGGUGUCGUCUACAUCUGAUUGUAGUGCCCCACAGUCUGGUUCCUUUCCUCCAGAGUCAGCUGCUAAACCUUCAGCCGUGCCUGCAUCCAAACCCUCUAUCCCUGCUAUAUCCAUGACCGUUGCACUGAAGAAUGUUGGCGCAGUUACUCCAUUAAAAGAACCUCAGCCCGAGUCAGAGGUUUCAGCAGUCAUCCAGAGUGAGAAGAAACAGAUUUUGUACAGAGUUAACCAGAACCUAAAAGCCCAGAGCUCACUGGAGGAGACACUGGAGGAAGAUGUUCUUCCACCACCUACAGAACCAAGUUCUGCUCCUCAACAUAUCCACCCGGUUACUGAAGAACGUCCUCCUUCAAACGGAGACCGGAAGAAGUGGGAUCGUUCACAACUUCCUGUACUUGCAGUGGCUCAACAAACUUUAGAGGAUACUUGUUCCACUACCAUUGCAGCUACAUUGGUGCCUCCGGAGGAUAGACCAUCAUCUGCUGGGGACAGGAAGAAGUGGGAGGCUGGAGUCCCAUUUGUCCUCCCUGUACACCAGAAAACUCUAGAGGAGACUUGUAUCUGGACCAUUGAAGAAACAACAGGUGAAGUUAUUCAGAUGGGCAUCCUGUCUGCAGAAGCUCCUAAGAAGUUGUGGGGAAUGAGUCCUUCAGGUCUACAGGAGACGGAGCUCCAGCCUGUUACUGAGCAGCCUGAGAAUGUCAGCAUUUGUGAGGAAGAGAUUUCUAGUACUGCCAAGCCUGACCAGGCAGCAGCAGCUGAGAUUAUGAGGACAACUGAAGAAGUGUUGAUCUCCACGCUAGUACCACCUGUCAAGGUUCAGAUCAAGGAUGCAGCUGCAGCAGAAGUCUCCAAUAAGGAAACAGUUCUGGCCAAGCAGACACUGCCACCACACCUCACUGGCACUCAAGAUGCUUCAGACAUAGAAUCAGUGGUUUUGGAAGAGUGUCCACAGCAGGUCUCACACCAUCUCCCAGCUGGUUUGCAGCAGGCGUGGGAACAGGAAGCCCAGCAGCCAAAGCCGCUAGAGGGCAACACAAGACCAGCAUGCAUUGAGGAGGAGAAGCAUGUGGAGAAAGCAACAGAACCACCUGGUGUAAGACUGUGUGAGGAGCAACUUUUCAUGAAGUUGUGUUCCCCGGCACACAGACGUACUGCUGCCCUUGCAGUCCUGUCAGCCCAGUCCUCCAUGGAUGAAUCAUCCUCCUCUCUGGCUUCCCGUUCACGCUCUGUCUCCCCGCUGCGCUCAAAAAAUCGUGAUGCCUUCCUGAUUGGUCUGUCCACUGGCAUGUUUGAUGCAAAUAACCCCAAGAUGCUGCGGACGUGCUCUCUACCAGACCUCAGACGUCUCCCUAAAGUGUCCAGUGAGGCUGCUGUUGCUCCAGACAACAACCUGGAAAGUGAAGACCUGGAUGAAGCUGAUAAAGAAGAUGAUGACCAGUCAGAGACGGAAGAUGUGUUUGAAGAUGACGACCUUCAGGAUGUCCGGGCCUCCAUGGAGAGACUGCUGCAAGAAGAGGAAGUCUUAAUGAGACGUCCUGCAGAAGUUGGAGGACGAGACUUCAGUGGAAACCGCCCAGAGGGUGAUGAUCAAGUCCUUUUCAAUAGGAUAGCAGCUGAAAUUGGAGACAACCAUCACUUGGGUGUAGAUGAUGACAAUGAUGACGUGGAGGAGGAAUGUUCUAAUGGGAGUCCUGGUGAUGAGGAAGCAGGAGAGCUGCUUUCGAAUGGUGAUGAGACCCACAGUAAUAACAGUCAGCUCAAUGAAGAAUGGCAUUCAGAUGGCACUGAAGAGGAUCAAGGUGCAGAGUCUGAACAUCAUGACAGCAUCUUUAGUCGUCUGGAAGAGCUCCGCUUCAACCUGGAGCAACAAAUGGGCUUUGAGAAGUUAGUUGAAGCCUACAAUAAAAUUAAGGCAAUACAUGAAGAUGAAGAUGAAAAUAUCGACCUGGGUUCCAGUAUGGUCUUAAGCAUUUUGGGAACUGAGCACCAGCAUCUGUAUCCCAACAUCCUUCAUCUGGUGAUGGGAGACGGUGCAUACCAAGAAGAUAAUGAUGAAUAGUGGUUUUGUUUAGUGGAGCUGCUGGAACCUGAGACAAUCGAAGCUAUUUGAUGUCUUCCUAUGAUGCACAUCAUGGACAGAAGGAUCUAUGCAUGAAGUGUUGGAACAUGCUUCAAUCUGCAUGAUGAGUACCACUGAGGCCAUCAUUUGUGCUCCAUCAGCAGCUGACACUACUGUUCAUUCAAAAGUGCACUGUCAAAUACACAUUUUAUUCACCAGUUAACAUUUAUGUCAAAUAUUUGUUGUGAUAAAUUAAUGCUUAUAUUGUUGAAUAGUAGCAUAAACACAAAUUCAGUUUGUUUGAGGUUUGGUUCAAAUUCAUUUUGGUACUACAUUUCAUUUUUUACAAUAUUUCAGCUCUGGUCCUCUCAGGAAAUCACUACAAACUCCAAAACAGAAACCAUAUGUGCAGUGCUUUCUCUGAAACUACUGAACCUCAUUUUCUCACAACCUUUUUCACAGAACAUUUUCACACAAUUUUGACAUAUUUCCUGACAAUUUAUUGAAUUCCAGUUCACAUUAAGAUGCACUAUUGUCAUGUCAUUCUGUUUUGAGAUGUAUUCAGAGUGUUGAUGGUGAGGUCAUUCACCAGCUAAGUUAGUUUAUGUCAAUAAA